GUAAAGGCCCAGAGGAUGUGCUUAACUGGUAUUUUAUUACCCAGGUUUGACAGGAGCAGGAGUCAUCUCUGGAGAGUGGAGUGAUAUUCACGUCACUGUCACUUGACUCUUCUUCGCAGCCUAGGAACUAAGAUUCACUGUGGCCACUCAACAGGUACUGAUACUGAAAACUCACCAGAAGGCCCUCAAAACCAAGAGGAAGAAACCCAACCAUUAGAAGACCAUAAAAUUGUUGAAGAACCCCCAGAGGGAUCGCGAGAAGAACAUGGAGGUCAGCGUGAAAAAAGAGACCAUGGUCACCAUCAUGGGCCUCAAAGCCAGAAUGUCCAGGGAGACCAGGAAAACUCACGUAGCCAAGGUGGAAGAGGAGGUGGAAGAGAAGGCCGAGGUGGUCAAGGUGGCCAGAGAGGCCAAGAUGGCCAGGGUAGCCGAGGUGGCAGAGGUGACCAGGGUGGCACUGGUGGCCAGGGUGAUCAGCGUGGAAGAGGUGGCCAGGGUAGUCAACGUGGUGGUCAGUGACAAAGAAAACCAACUAGAGAUGGCUUCCAGUGAUUCCCUAGAAUUGAUAGAGAUCGACUGGUGAACAUGGACUUUUCAGUGGUGUAAACAUGGCCUUUUCUUU